AUGCUGCACGCUCCUCCUCGUGACCGAGAACCCCUCGUCGACCGACUCGAGCAGCGGCAUCUCGAUGGAGCGCACGUUGCCCCAGUAGUUGAUCUUGGCCAUACCCUCGAUCCGCUGCAGCGUCGGCAUCGACAGGUCCAUGCUGGCGCCGGGGGCCUCGUUCCUCCACUCGCUCGAAGACAGCUCGCGGCUCCAGUUUCCGAUAUUGCCCUCGACGACCUCGACGCCGUCGAGCGUUAUCUUUCCAGCGAGGCCCUGGGCCCAGAGGAUGUUCCCCGGAUCACCAUCUUUCUCCACAGGUCCUCUGAGCGGUGCCAGGGAGAGCCUGUCGACUUGAGCGCACUCGCCAGCCCAUGCGUGGGCGCGUACGCAACUCUCCUCGACGCAGAGCACUGGAGACUUCCUGCAAUUGCAAAUGUAGCAAAGCUCCAUAUCACGCAGUGA